CCACCCUCCUCCCCAAUGCCUUUGGCUUUUCUUCGGAAAUCCGGACAGAAUUGGGCAUCUUUGUUAAUUGCCGUUCAGGGAGCCCGGCCGGGGGCUUUCGCCAGGCCAACGUCGCCUGCGCACCGAGCCUGUUUUGCUCACCUUUGAACUGCAAAGGGAUCAAGUUCAGCUCGAGUUGCCAGCAUUGGGACUGGGAGUGAAGGAGAGGGAACGUGCAGGAGAGAGAGUGGGAGAAGGGGAAAGGGGAAAGGAGAGGAGGGAGGAGAGAGGAGGAGGAGGGAGGAGAGAGAGGGAGGGAGGGGAGGGAUCGAGAGAGAACGGAGAGAGAGAGAGGCUGCAAUCUCCUCCCUGAAUCGCGCACAGCGCUGCAGAUCCCAGUGCUCCGACAUGCGGGCCGAAUGCAGGUGAGGAAAGGCACGGACUCUGCGGCGGCGAACCCAAACUUAGGCACCGCGCGGUGCGCACGGCUCAGCCUUCGCCCCCGCGGGCGAACGGCUGCUGCGGUUUCAGGCGGCGGCUUCGUGACUAAUGACCUUGCGCAGAGUUGUUAAGAAAAAAGAGAAACCCGAGCUCUCGGGGGUGAGAAGGGACUGACUCUCUGGGCGUCUCUGAAGAUGGCUCGGGCUGCUCUUCGGCGCGCGGGGGUUACCCGGACGCGGACCGCUCUGUGACGCGACUGUUCUCCACGGCACGGUGCCCGAAGCGACCUGCCGGAGAUUUUUCAUUCUCGAUCUGUUGACUGGCUCCCCCGCUGCCUGAGCGGAGUCGGAGUUGAGACUGGCUUGUUGCUGGCCCCGGCGCCUCGUGCAGGAAGCGACUCACGUUUGCCUGGGCAGCCGGAGCAGAAGCUGGUUCUGGAGUGAGUGGCUGGAACGUGAAUUGGAGUCAACUCCAGUAGCAGCAAAGACCAGCGGGGUUGGCAGGCGGGGGAGGCUGCCGGCUCGCUCCCCGCCGCUUCCCGGCUCCACCGCCCGCCUGCCGGAGCGGUUCCGGCCCCAUCCGACAGAGCGGGGCCAGGAGCCCGGGAUCCUCCGCCCGCUGCGGGGAUGACUCUGGGGGGGCGCCGAGCCCGCGGCGCGCAGUGUCCCGUGAACUGUGAGUACUGCGACUGAACGGCGGCCGGCGAGCGGGCGAUUAGCACCCAUUGCAUGAAUUAUGAAACAAUAACUUUCGGAAGAAGCAGGAGGAAAAAAAAAAAGAAGGAUCUAUCGCUGGUUUCCCUUUGCCGACUCUGCACGCUGCUCUUGCCCCCUCCCACCUCUCCCUAUCGCUUCUUCCUUUCCCGGAGAGGGGAGAGGACUGGGAGGAGGGCAGGCGGCCGGCCCCGGAGGAGGGGGGCGCCGAGGGGGCUGUGAUUAGAAGGAGCAAUAGCAGCAGCAGCAAGAGAAGAUGCUGAGGAUGCGGACCAUGGGAUGGGCGCGCGGCUGGUGCCUGGGCUGCUGUCUCCUCUUGCCGCUGUCGCUCAGCCUGGCGGCCGCCAAGCAACUCCUCCGGUACCGACUGGCCGAGGAGGGCCCAGCAGACGUUCGCAUCGGCAACGUCGCCUCCGACUUAGGCAUCGUGACCGGCUCGGGUGAGGUGACUUUCAGCCUCGAGUCGGGCUCCGAGUACCUGAAGAUCGACAACCUCACGGGCGAGCUGAGCACGAGCGAGCGGCGCAUCGACCGCGAGAAGCUGCCCCAGUGUCAGAUGAUCUUCGACGAGAACGAGUGCUUCCUGGACUUCGAGGUGUCGGUGAUCGGGCCCUCGCAGAGCUGGGUGGACCUGUUCGAGGGUCGGGUCAUCGUGCUCGACAUCAACGACAACACGCCCACCUUCCCGUCGCCGGUGCUCACGCUCACGGUGGAGGAGAACCGGCCGGUGGGCACUCUCUACCUGCUGCCCACCGCCACCGACCGUGACUUCGGCCGCAACGGCAUCGAGCGCUACGAGCUGCUCCAGGAGCCCGGGGGCGGCGGCGGCGGCGGCGGCGGCGAGGGCCGGCGCGCCGGGGCUGCCGACAGCGCCCCCUACCCCGGGGGCGGCGGGAACGGCGCGAGCGGCGGCGGCCCCGGGGGUUCUAAGAGGCGGCUGGACGCGCCAGAGGGCGGUGGCGGGGCGAACCCCGGGGGCCGCAGCAGCGUGUUCGAACUGCAGGUGGCCGACACCCCGGAUGGCGAGAAGCAGCCGCAGCUGAUCGUGAAGGGGGCGCUGGACCGCGAGCAGCGCGACUCCUAUGAGCUGACCCUGCGGGUGCGCGACGGGGGCGACCCGCCUCGCUCCUCUCAGGCUAUCCUGCGGGUGCUCAUCACCGACGUGAACGACAACAGCCCCCGCUUCGAGAAGAGCGUGUACGAGGCGGACCUGGCCGAGAACAGCGCCCCUGGGACCCCCAUCCUGCAGCUGCGUGCCGCCGACUUGGACGUGGGGGUCAACGGGCAGAUCGAGUACGUGUUCGGGGCGGCUACCGAGUCAGUGCGGCGGCUGCUGCGCCUCGACGAGACGUCAGGCUGGCUCAGUGUCCUGCACCGUAUCGACCGCGAGGAGGUGAACCAGCUGCGCUUCACGGUCAUGGCCCGCGAUCGCGGGCAGCCCCCCAAGACCGACAAGGCCACCGUGGUCCUCAACAUCAAGGACGAGAACGACAACGUGCCAUCCAUUGAAAUCCGCAAGAUCGGGCGUAUCCCGCUCAAGGAUGGGGUGGCCAGCGUGGCCGAGGACGUUCUGGUCGACACUCCCAUCGCCCUGGUGCAGGUGUCAGACCGAGACCAAGGCGAGAACGGGGUGGUCACCUGCACCGUGGUGGGCGACGUGCCUUUCCAGCUCAAGCCAGCCAGCGACACAGAGGGCGACCAGAACAAGAAAAAGUACUUCCUGCACACCUCGGCCCCUCUGGACUAUGAGACCACCCGGGAGUUCAACGUGGUCAUAGUGGCAGUGGACUCGGGCAGCCCCAGCCUCUCCAGCAACAACUCUCUGGUUGUGAAGGUGGGAGACACUAACGACAACCCUCCCGUCUUUGGCCAGUCAGUGGUGGAGGUUUACUUUCCCGAGAACAACAUUCCUGGCGAAAGGGUGGCCACCGUGCUGGCGACAGACGCUGACAGCGGGAAGAAUGCGGAGAUUGCCUACUCGCUGGAGUCCUCUGUGAUGGGGAUCUUUGCCAUUGAUCCCGAUUCUGGGGACAUCCUCGUCAAUACGGUGCUGGACCGCGAGCAGACUGACAGGUAUGAGUUUAAAGUUAAUGCCAAAGACAAAGGCAUCCCUGUGCUGCAGGGCAGCACCACGGUGAUUGUGCAGGUGGCUGACAAGAAUGACAACGACCCUAAGUUUAUGCAGGACGUCUUUACCUUUUAUGUGAAAGAGAACUUGCAGCCCAACAGCCCGGUGGGGAUGGUGACGGUGAUGGAUGCUGACAAGGGGCGCAAUGCGGAGAUGAGCCUGUACAUAGAGGAGAACAGUAACAUUUUUUCUAUUGAAAAUGACACAGGGACCAUUUACUCCACGAUGUCUUUUGACCGGGAACAUCAGACCACAUAUACAUUCAGAGUCAAGGCUGUGGACGGGGGAGAUCCUCCCAGAUCUGCCACAGCCACAGUCUCUCUCUUUGUGAUGGAUGAGAAUGACAAUGCUCCUACAGUUACCCUUCCCAGAAACAUUUCCUACACUUUACUGCCACCUUCAAGUAAUGUCAGGACAGUAGUAGCUACAGUGUUGGCAACAGACAGUGAUGAUGGCAUCAAUGCAGACCUUAACUACAGCAUUGUGGGAGGGAAUCCCUUCAAGCUGUUUGAGAUUGAUUCCACCAGUGGUGUGGUUUCCUUAGUGGGAAAACUCACCCAUAAGCAUUAUGGCUUGCACAGGUUGGUGGUGCAAGUGAAUGACAGUGGGCAGCCUUCCCAGUCCACCACGACUCUGGUGCAUGUGUUUGUCAAUGAAAGUGUUUCUAAUGCAACUGUGAUUGACUCUCAGAUAGCUAGAAGUUUGCACACCCCACUCACCCAGGAUAUAGCUGGUGACCCAAGCUACGAAAUUAGCAAACAGAGACUCAGUAUUGUCAUUGGGGUUGUUGCUGGAAUUAUGACAGUGAUUCUAAUCAUCUUAAUUGUGGUGAUGGCAAGGUACUGCCGGUCCAAAAAUAAAAAUGGCUACGAAGCUGGCAAAAAAGAUCACGAAGACUUUUUUACACCCCAACAGCAUGACAAAUCUAAAAAGCCUAAAAAGGACAAGAAAAACAAAAAAUCUAAGCAGCCCCUCUACAGCAGCAUUGUCACUGUAGAAGCUUCUAAACCAAAUGGACAGAGGUAUGAUAGUGUCAAUGAGAAGCUGUCAGACAGCCCGAGCAUGGGGCGAUACCGAUCGGUUAACGGUGGGCCUGGCAGUCCUGACCUGGCCAGGCAUUACAAAUCUAGUUCCCCAUUGCCUACUGUCCAGCUUCACCCCCAAUCACCAACUGCAGGAAAAAAACACCAGGCCGUACAAGAUCUACCACCAGCCAACACAUUUGUGGGAGCAGGAGACAACAUUUCAAUUGGAUCAGAUCACUGCUCUGAGUACAGCUGUCAAACCAAUAACAAGUACAGCAAACAGGUGGAUACAGUGCAGACCACGAACCCCCUUGGCCACAUUGCGGAAUCAUGUAAAAUGAAUGUAUGUGCUCGUAAGUGAAAUACAUGUAAUGUUCCAACUCAGUGUUGGAUCCUAAUAGACCUGGAUUUAUCUGGUGUAAAAGAAAUCGAUUCCCAAGGGGCAGGAUCACUAGCUGAUUAAAAUGAAGCUCUGAUUUUGAAGAAAACAAAAAUGGCUUUAACAUAAAAUCUCUGCAAAAAGGAAUCAAACUAGACUUCACAAACAACUGAAAAAAAUCAAGCUCUCAAUGUGGAAUAAAGGAGGGAUGUGAGAGAGGUUUUGCAAUCUUAUCAAUUACUGUGGAGAAUCAGAAUCAAAUAUCGUCAUACUCAGGAGUAUGAAAAGAAGAACAGGAAAUCCCUUUCCUUCGAUUUGCACUUGAAUGGACUCAGGCAAAGAGUGGAGACGUGUAUCCUGUUACUGUUUAUAGUUAAUAACAUGGAGAUUAGGAUAGAUGUGAUUUCAUUUGCCUUGCUUGAACUAAUUGGAUGCAUUAUGUAGAAAUCACCUGAGCCUGUGCUAGAUCAACAAAGAAAAUGGAAAUGUAUACCUCAGGACUGAAUUCUGAGAAAAUUAGACUGUUCAAUGCUAUUUAAUAAGGCGCUAAGAAGAAAUACUACUGCCAAUCAGGGAAAGUGAGAGACUAGUGGACAUGAGAGAAAAUGAAAUUUAGGUCAUUCUGAUACUUGUUGAAACAUAGUUUAUUAUUAUGAUGUAAAAACAGAAGAUCACAAUACAUCUCACAGACAUAUUACACAAUUUCCAGUUGAAUUUAGGGUGAACCAUGUAAGUGUUCAAGGAAUGUAUGGUCAUUAUAUCAGUAGGAAACUGGCCUUUUAAAUUUGUGGUCCUAUGCAUUUAUGUAUGCAGAGGAGGGCUUUUUUAUUUUAUUAGAGAUGAAUUGCAUGCAGGAAGUACCUCUUUGCAUUAUAGCUACUUUCUCAGUUGAAGAUACUAUAUAAAGUCUGAUUUUUGUACCGGCGUGAAUGUAUGUAUUGGCAUUUGUGUGUAUGUGUAUGUAAGUGGAAGGAUGUAAAAUUUAAUGAUUGACAUUUGCACUUUGGUUUGUUACCUAGAAUGUAAAGAGGUAGAGUAAAUUGUCCUAAGCCAUUUCAUGUGUCAUGAUCAUUAUUAAAGAUUAUUAUCCACAAAGGAAACAUUUCUAAAAUGGAAUGACUACUGCAAAGGCUCUCCAAUUAAAUAUAAUAUGUAAUGCAAUUGAGCCAUUUAAAUUAAGAUGGUACCAAUGUCUGAAAAUAAUGAGAGUAGGCUCCUGUGAAAUCAGUUUGAAGACAGUUGGGAAGUCACAUUAUACUCCUUCCAGCUACUCCACUCAGUGACAGAGGGUGAGAGCCAUGGAUGAUCUCAUAGAAGAGACUUGGGAAAUAUUUGUGUUCUAACUAUAACUUUUCAACCUACCAACAAGUUCCAUUUGGCUUUUUUUCUACUUUUCUUCAACCAAAAUUAUAUAACAAGUAAUCAUAUUAAUAUAGAUGAAAGUGAAUAUUUAAGACAAAUUGACAUAUUUUUUGUAGUCACCGUGUGCCAUAAUAAUUUUGAAACUAUUGUUGUCUGGUAUUUGUAUUCACUUCUCUUUAUCUUGCUGAUUAACUUUAUAGUUGAAAUUUUUAUCUCGUUUUUCUAUGUGACAAUCAACUGAAGUUGGUACCUUAUCUAUACGAUUACAGGGAUUUUGUCUUUACUUAUGGUAUUAUAAUAAAUUAUAAGUCUACAAACUGUAUAAUUCUAUUGUUUUGAAUAUUUUUUGUGACCAAAAUAAUAAAAAAACAACUACUUUAUAAAAUGCCUGUAUUUUCUAUUUUAAUAGUCUUUUAAAAUAUAAUGGGACAUAAAACAUGUUCAUGUUGCUCGUUUUUAAAAUACAUUCCACAUCUUUCCAAUUUGAGAGUGAAGAGCUUAGCCACUUAAGAUAAAGAGAAAAGGUUUAACAGAGAUAGUUGCGAGAGUAUGUGGAGAAAAGCACCCUGAACCGAGUCAGGAGUCUUGAUGUGAAAUUUUGCUCUGCUACUAAGAGCGUGACCUGACAUACAUUUUUGAGGUCUCAGGUGCUCAGGUUUCUCAUCUGUAAACAGUGAGUUUGGAAUGCACUAUCAAUUUUAAGAUCAUUUAAAUUCUUAACUUUCCAUAAGUUAACCUAGUUCUGAGGUUUUGAUAACUUAGAACGAUUACAAUGUUAUUCUGAUCAUAUUAAUAAUCAAUACUGACAUCAGUAUUAAGCGAAUCACAUGCUGUUUUCCACUCAGCUUGACCCAAACCUCAACAUAGGCCUUAAGUCCAAGGGAAAAUCUGAAUGUACAGUUGUUGCUGUUCCAUCCUUCGUUUGACUUAAUGGAAAUAUGUAUGGAGAUAUAAAUCAUCAUGUCUGAGAUCAACAGGUCCCUCUAAGUUAACCGAACCAAGCAGCAGCCAAGUACAAAAUCACUCAAUUUGUAACAGAGGAAAACUUUUCGUUCUGCACUGAGCUGAAUGCAUCCCUGGCAGAAUAUUCAAGUGCUAGAACCAGUUUUGUUUGCUCUUUACCCUCCAAGCAUUGAUCAGCACGUGAAGGCCUCGGUGACUUCAAAGGCCUUUCUGACUUGGAUCAGCCUGGCUGGGUUGAGAGGAGGAGGACACACUACCCCUGAUGUCGGUCGCUGUAGCUUCUUUCAUCUGUAGGUCAUUCUCUGCUUCGGAGAAGCAACAGGCAGAGGAGUCUUGCAACUGUUGUCAUUUUCACGAUUAAUGUUUAGCAGCAAAGUGCCUCACACAGACAAACAGUACUUGUAUUUUAGUCUCCUGCUACUACUCCAACUGGGAAAGGGCAGAGAAACAGUAGGGAGCAAAAUGAAAGCAUAUAUAUUAUGUUGAUUUUUUUUUAUUGCAGCACACUGACUUGCAAAAUAGUGUCACUUUCAAAAUCACAAAGGUGGCAUGGAUAAUCUUCAGGCAUCAUUAUUUAGAGAAUUGGUCAGAUUGAACUUUUUCUUUUCGUUUAGGCGAACUUCUGGCCAUUUAUGGAACUCAUUUAGAUAAUAAAAUUUAAUUUUGUCAAUUUAUUCUUUAUUAUACAAGAUUAGAAAUGUAGAUGGGAGAAUUGCUGACUUGCGCUUACCAAGCCUCUCCCAUCCCCCCUCUCCCGCUAUCUCCAAAUAAAACUUCUACCCUUGCCUCUUACUUCUAUUUUUUUUUUUUUAAAAGAAGACUAGACUUGUUCAAGGAAAAUGGCUAUAUAGAGCAGUGGAGAAACUGUAAAUGAGAGUUACCGAUUCAAAAGUUAUGUUCAGAAUCCAUCAUCAAAUUGGAUUCAUAUGAGUAAAAAUAAAAUUUCAAUACUAUUGAGGAUUAAAAUACUUGCUUGUGGUUUUAGUUCUUGUUUUUUUGAGUGCUGUUAUUCCACUACCCUGGUUUGGUAAAUAUAAUUUAGUUGAACUGAGUCUAAUAAUUUUUUGAUAACUUUUUAAACUUAAGUUACUGAGAAUCGACCCUGUGCAGAUAAUAUAUUGAUGGCUGUAUUUAUUAUUUAUCUCAACUUCAUGAGGCAGAUACUAUUAUUGUCAUGAUACCCAUUUUGCAGAUGGGGAAAAUGAGGCCCAGAGGGUUUUAGUAAAUGUGCAAAGCUACAUAGCUAGCAGUAGAUAGAGCUGGGCAUUGAGUCCUGCCAUUUUGGUUACAGAGGUGGCACUCAACAGGUGGGCCGUAGAGUUUUCAUGCCAAACACUAUUAUAGAUGGGGGCACAAGUUAGGUUCUGGAACUAUUUGGGAGUGUAGAGAUGACUUUUGUGGUUCUUUAAGUCAUUUGUCUGUUAACCUGAGCGAAGCAGAUUCAGCAUGCAGGACUUCAAUGUGAAAGGUAGUCAGAAGUAUUGGAUAAAGGUGGAAUCUGUGAUAGAAAGUCUGCUUUAAAUACUGUAGACAGAGAAGAAGAGAAAUGCUCGAAGUUACUUGCUUUGCAGGCUUAAAAUAUAUUACUAUAAAUAUGUACUAUUUGCAUCAAAAAUGUUUUUGAAAAUGAUGACUUUGCUGCUGGAAUCUGGGUGGACUGAGGAAAAUGACAACUGCAUUCUGUGAACGGGGGAGAUCGCAUCUAAUGGGAAUUCCAAUCGUGCAGGCUAAUUAUUACAAUGCCACAUGCUAAAUGGCAGACUAUCAUAGUGAUUAAGAGUACACUGUCUGGAAUCCAAGCUGCCUGGGUUUGAAAGGUGUCUCAUACACUUACAAAUGGAGCGACCAUUGGACAAAUUACAUCUCUUUGCCUCCAUUUCUUCAUAUAUAAUAUGAAAUUAAUAAUGUCUACCUCAUAAAUUAAUUGUGACUAUUAAAUGAGAUUUAUCCAGGCAGUGUGUGUAUGAUGUAACAAGAGCUCAAUAAACGCUGGCAGUUAUUAAGGUUCUUAUUAUUGUUUUUAUAAUUGACAUAUGAAUAGAGUGUAGUGGUUGCUGACUGAGAUGUUUAUGGACCAAAAUAAACUCAAUAUCACUGACAAAAGUGAAAUAAAAGAUACCUCACAGAAAAGGUAAUACUCAGCCCUCAAUAUUCUCCAUAUACUACAGCUUGAAACUCAGCAAAAUUGUGCAGGUACAGGUUCUCCAGGAAAAUUCAUCAGUUUCUGGUCUGCUACAAUUCAAAUCUUGGAGCUCUGUGAGCUGUAAUUUUUUCGGGCUUAGACAAGUGAAAGGAAACUGUGAAAGCUGAAAUCCAACCUUUGUCACAAUUCAAUGAUGAAAGUUUCGAAAAGGUCAAAGAACAAUUUUUGAAGAUCACUUUAUCCACAAUCAUAGGAGAAUACAGCUUUCUCUGAUAUUAGUUGCUUAAAAAUUGCGAAACUUAAGAAUGAUAAAUUACUUAUAAGAUUAUCAUAAAAACGAAGAACAAUGCUGACUAUGAUAACCAAUCCACAAAUAAGUAGUUGUUAUUCUUUGCAAAUAUUUAAUAAGUAUCUAUGAUAUGAUGAUGAGAGCUUUAUUUUCAAAGACCAUUAAGCAGAAAAUGUGCUGCAUUUAUUAGAUGAUAAGAUUUGAAAGUGUGAAAUAUAAACAAAAUAUAUACUUGCUGAAUCGAACUGGAUAAUAUUUAAUAUAUGGAAAGUCAGUCACUAUCAUUUAAAUAUAAUAGUUGGUUAACUAAACCUAUUGGAGAGAAUAAAACAAAUAACCAUUGAAAAUAGUGUUUUGUCUAUUUGGAACUACUUUUCAGAUGAAAUAUAUUGAAUAAUAAUUGGGACUGUGGAAAAUGUAGGCCUCAGAAAGGACUCUGUGUUCGUGGGAACACACAAUGUUGCUUGUGAAGACAUGAGAAAAUUAUACUUUAAAUUUGUAUCACAAUUUAGUGGCUGAACAUUUGAAAAGAAACAAAGCCAACUACAGAUCUUUAUUAGUUCAUACAUUUCAAUAAUUUUUACAUUUUUUAUGAAAGAGCCAGGUACUCUCUAUUUUUCUGGAUGUUGAUACCACCAUAAUAACCUAUCUUAUGCCGCUUUUUGUGAAUUUCUAGUAAGGAGUUAAAGUUAAUGUAAUUAAAAAUGAAUAGCUUUGUAGAUGAUCCCCUUAGAUGUUAGGGGAAAAACGAACAUUUCCUAGUUCUGAAAUCAGGUACAGCUCAGCCUGUUUUCUAAUCGCUGCUGCCCAAUUGUGUCAGUGGAAAUUCCAUCUCAGUAGCAGCCGAGGGGGACCUGGGUCUCUAAUCUUUCUGCUUCUCUCUGUGUCUAGCUGUUAAAAGGCGGGUCAGCGAGGAUUUUUUCUCCCCUAUGUGUCAGGUUCAUGAAAGAAGCAGACAUUUGGUAUAUGCAUUCCAGAAAGAUCAGAAGCUGGCUGCCUCCUGAUAAUACAUUUCCAGUGGAUAUAGUGUAUUCUAACUUUCUGCUGGUUGACUUUUUUAAAUCCCUGCAUAUUUAUUAAAUAAAAAUCUGCCAUUUUUUUUGAACCCCAAAUUGAAGCUUACUUGUUAAAGUCAUGUAAUUGAAAAAAUAUGAGUUAAGGAAAAAACUGAUAAUAUUAAGGAAGCAAUUAAUUUUCUACGUGAGCAUUUUUAAUAAAAAUCCUAUGGUGGCUAGUCACAUAAAUGCUUCUCUAUUUAGAUGACAAAGUUUGUGAAAAUGUUUAUGAGGAUGACUUCCAAUUUGUCCUUCCUUACAAGAGGUUGUGUUCAAAUGAAUACCAAGAAUCUGUAAACACAGGAUCUUUUUAUCUUUCAAUAAACCAUUUUUUAAUACUAGGAAGAAAUGCAAUACAUACCUUGCACCAGGGCUCCUUAGUAAUCAUGAGCUCUCCUCAUUUGAGAUUAACAUUUGGAUUAAAGAGCAUGAUUAGAGGAUUCUAAAUUAGUGGUUACCAAGUUGAAAUGACACAAAAGUUAAAACAAAGUAAUACAGCAAUCUAUUUCAUGCAAUAUAUUUCUUAUACCAGUUAAUUAGCAGUUUAAUUAGCGUGAUGUUUCAUGUUGUGACCUAAGCCAUUGUACUCCCAAGGGUUCUAAUGGAGACAAUGAAAAAAUAAAAGGAAAGCUUCAGAAUUGCUGAUGGUUAUGUCACAUGCCACCAGAAUUAAAAAUAAUUCUUCAUUUUAAAAUAAAAGAACGUAUGCUUUUUUUCUGACUCCAGAACAGAUUUUUUUUGAAAAAGGCAGUUUUAUGGUAUGAAAUACUUUCACGAAUUAAAAGCACAUCAAAUACAUGCAACAGUGUUAAAUGAAUUAUAUUUUAAAUUCCAAGUGGGCACAAAUAAAUGUCUAAAGGAUUCACUUAGAUAAAAAAGAAGUACCUCUCAUGAUUUUGAGAGAAAACAUAAAAGAUAUGUAUUAGGGUGGUCAUAGUUUUGAAUAUAUCAUGUGAUUCAGAGGAUUCUACUAAGGGCCAUUGAAAUUACUUACAAAGAACUGCAUUUGGAAAGCCACAAUGGAGCUCUGCCUUCGGACAGGCCUGAGGAACAAAAAAUACGCAUCUUACAAAUAAUUUAUCAAGUGCGUGACAUGAAAGCCGUCCCUCAUCCCUUUUGCUCUCCCAGUGAGAACGUAUUCAGAUUGCGUGUGUUUGUCUUUAUUACAUGAAAUGGAAGUUUCUGCUGAGCCAAAGACAGUCAUCUGCCAACAGAUUGGUUCUGCCUUUUCCCAACAGCGUAAAGAAAUGGCCACAGUAGUUAGGAAUAUUGGGCUAUAAAACACACCAAACCUUCUGGAGGUGUUUUUCCCUUCAUUUUGCGCUGCUGACAAUUCAGAACACGCAAGGAAAUAAAAUAUUUUAAGGCUCAGACUAAUAUCCCUAGAUUUUGUCAAGCUUUCUUUCCCAGUUGCUGAAGUCUGUUGCCUUCCUGUUUCUGGCUGUAUAAUUAGGCUAUUCGUUUCCUUUGAGUUUGCAUUCUACAGUAGGUCCAGAGGGCUCUUUUUUCCCUUUCAAAAAUGGUUCUGUAGCCUCUUUUGGUAGUUAAUGUAUGGAUGCCAUUUGGAACAUGACUUUAGUUAUUAUGUUGCUCACAGAUAUUUUAUUGUACACAGACCUGAGUAUUUUAUGGAAAUUUAAAGUCACUGUUAUGUAAAACCUUAUAAAGAAAGCCUUUUACGUUUCCCCCCCCUUUUUAUGUUGUCUAGCACAUCAAUUCAAAUUGCUCUCUUUUCAUUUAGUAAAAAUUUUUGGCAAAUGGAACAGAAAAUAUGUAAAAAUUAUGAAUUUUUAAUUGGUAGUGUAUAAUCAAUUGGAAGUUCUAUUUUCCAGGAAGGACAAAUUUGAAUUUGUGAUAAAGAAAUAAUUCAGUAAACAUUUGUGCCAGAACAGACACAAAGAUGGGUGAUCCCUGUGCUUUGUUUCUAGUUUGGUGGUUUUAUAUCUUAAGACAAUCAGAAAGUUGCAAUUGAACUUUUCGUCUGAUAGUUACCAGACAAUGAUCUGAUCUGAGAGUGAUCUUUCAGUUUAAAUAUGUUUACUAAGCAUUUGAAUUACUAUGUUUGUCCUUUCUUGGAUUUCCUAUGAAAAUAUAUGAUAUAAUGGUACACAUAAUUCAUAAAUGAACAGGUGCAGUGUUUAGAACACUGAUUAUGGACCAGCCUUUGAGACUUUGGGCAAGUUACCUAACCUGCCAUGUAUUUAAAUGAAGACAAUAACAAUCUCAUAGCAUUAUUAAGAAAUGUGGAUGUAUUAACGUGCUCUAUAAGUUAUGUGUCAUAUAAUGCUAAUAUAAGUAGAUAUGUACCAAUUAUAGCAACUGCCUGGCAUAAAGUGAGCAAUUGUAAAUAACAGCUAUCAUUAAAGAAACACUCAGAAAUGUGAAACGGGUCACAUAGUUAUUCACUAGUGGAACUAAGGUUCCAGAGACAGUCUGAAUGCAAUAUAGAACCGUGCCUGCCACACAGUGAGUGUCUCCAAGUGCUAUCUGCUGUUAAAAACAGACAAAUAUGUUCUCCAAAUACGUUCUCCAAAGGUCUUACACUGGUCACGUCUGGGAUUCAAACUGCAGAUACGUUUGACUUUAAACUCUGAUUUCCUUAAACCUUUACAGGACUCUAAACUUGAUUUUAGAACUAUUUAUUGGUUUAGACUUCACAAACUUUAUAAAUAAGCUUGCUGUUGAAGCAUGUCUUUGAAAAGGUAAUUUUAAAAAUUAUUUAGAAAAUGCAAACAUGCUUGUAAAACAGUGAUGUUUAUAAAUGAGAAGAUAAUAAAAAUGACCAAUUAUCAGUGCCUAUUUGGAGCUGUUUUUCAUGAGUGUCUCUUUGAAUUUAGAAACUAUUCAUUAAAGCAAACUGAGAACAGCAAACAGAGAAAUACGUAGCCGGUCUAUUUUCUAGUAGUCUUCAGCAGGUUAAUUAGGUAAGCUCAUAGUCUCACCUCCACUUUCAUUUUCUUUGAAUAUGUGGAAUUAUAUUAAUCAAAGGUGUCAGGUUCUCGUGACUGUGGGAAGCACCUUUUAUACAGUGACAUUGUCUUUUUGGCUAUUCCUACGUCAUUUGUGUGGCCAUUCAGUUUUGUUUGCCUGUGAGGAAUGUUUUAUUUCAAUUUUCUUGAAAUAUUCUGCUGCAAUUUUUCUGAUUACUUUGCUUUAAAAGCUAUGUUACAGCUGGAUGUUUAUAUUGACUGCUUUUCACGUAGAUGCUUGUAAGGCCUAGCACUGUCUUCUGGUAGUCACCAUUACUUACUAUUUAAUUGACUUUGAAAUUAAUACACCCUGAUGACUAUUAUUGGAAGUUAUUCCACUUUCCGUGCCAUGUAGCAAUAUUGGAUCAUAAAAAUAUAUGUUAAUAAGCUGCCCCAAAAUCUUGCAAGGACAGAACAACUUGCUUCUUAAGCCAUGCUCAGGAACAUCUAGUGCCUCUUCAUUCCUAAUAAAUACAUUUCGAAUGCCUUAAUUUAGAAUGAUAUUCCUCUGGCUCUACUCUCCCUCUCCCAUCUUUGCUUUCCAUUCUUCCUUUCGUGAACCCUAUGCUCCAGCUAAGCCUGGUAACUUUCAAGUGACUUUAUCGGCUUCACACUUUCCUGCCAGUUUAUCUUAACCCAUACGGUCAUCUCCUCCCGCAAUCCUGUCUUUCUAAUUUUACAUGAAUGAAUUCUACUUUCCCUGAUUCUUCUAUUAAGCUUUUCCUGAUUAUCAAAUCGUUAGUGCUAAUUUUAAGUUACUCUCUUCUGCAUGAUUUUUAUGGAACCUGGAGAUUCCUACAUUUGAUGAUGAAAUUUUGGGGGCAUGUAAGUGUGUAUGUGUAUUAUUUCUUAUUACACCAUAAUCUCUUCACUGGGAAGGUCCAAGUCCGAUGCAUAUCUACUCUCCUCCCAGUUCUUAGCAAAGCGUCUUGUUUAUAGUAGAUUAGAUCACUAAACAAUGAUUGGAUUCAUUUGAUGCUAUAAGUGGGAAUUUUAUGCUUCUAGGACAUUCAAUAAAAUGCAUAAAUAUUAGUCAUUCAAUAAAUAUUUCUUGAUUUCCUACAGCAGAUUAGGUGCUGGGGAUAUUGCAUUCCUAUGACACAUUAAAUUCUGGGUAACACAAUUGAGGUGAUAUGCACAUAUUUACAUAUACCUUUAUAAAGCACGUGAGCUCUGUAGAGCUUGCAUUCUUCUGUGUCACUCAGGAUCUACUCUAUUGCAGGAAUUCUAUUGUUACCAAAAUAAAUAUGUGGUACCCAGAUGUGAUAACUACAUGGUGUUAAGAAUAAGGGGUCUGGUGGAGGACAAAUGGAUACCAAGGCAGUAUGGUAUAAAAGGAGGCUGGAAAACAGAACAAAAUGUGUAAGGUAUUAGAUUUCAUGUGAAAGAGAUUCAGCUUGAUCCUGGGAGAAAUAGGAGUUAAACUCCUUUAAAGACAAAGGAAUGGAAGCCCAGAUUUACUAGGGGAAUAACGUUCAUAGCAGUGAAGGAAGCACCAGAGAGGGAAAAUACAAACACCUCUAAAGGGAUUUGGGUUUAACUGAGACAUCUUUUCUCUUAGACUUCGAAUCCUAUGGCCACACAUUAGGUGGGAUAAGAAGCAGAGACAACCACACUUGGUCAUUUUUUGCCACCAAUUCAGUGUUCUGCACUAGAGACAUAUUUCCUUAGUAGAGGAAUUAAUAUAUUUAAUAACAAAAGAAAUACGUUUUAAUGCAUGGAUUCUAAAAUCCGUAGAUGUGGAACCAUUCUUUGAACAAAGAGUUCAGUUAAACAGUUUAUGUGUCAUAUGGUGAGUCUGUAUGAUGUUUGGGAAUAGAUGCAAAGCAUGAUUUAAAAAUAAAAUUCCUUACCUCUAAUACUGACAGUCGAAAGAGACUUUCUUUGAUGGUAAGCUAUGAUCUCAAAUGAAGUCAUGCCUAAGAGUCUACCUUGAGGCUGAAGACUAAAGAAUCACCACUCAUCAAAUCCAUGGCAUCCCAUUUCCACCUCUAUCAUUGUCUGACCUAACUUCUCAAGCUAUAAGCUGAAUUGUAUUUCACACUCUAUCUAGAAGUAUUUUUAUUUGAUUUUUAUGUUGCAGCAUAUUACUAAAUUAUUUUCAAUGAUUUCUGUUUGCUUUUUGUGCUUCAUGGUUUUUUAACAAAAGGAUUUAUGCCGUAAUAGUAUGGAUAUGAUUUUCAUUGCCCUGUGGUUUAUGAGACUCACUGUUUCUUUUGAAAAAAAUAAAACAAUUCAUAGGAUUUCAUCUGUAGUAAGACAGUUCUGGCAGUUCUGUGACAGGGAAAUUUUAAGGAUCAUCAAUAUUGAAGGCACAGUCUGUGGUGUAACUCUUUUUUUGUUCUUCUCUUUUUUCAACUUUAAUUCCAAUUAAAAGAUAUUCCACCGGGCUAGAUGCUUUCUGCCUGGAUCUUUUCUGUCUGAUCUUUCACUUGCAACCAAGGAAAUGCAGCUUCAAUCUGUUAGAGCUGAAAGGGCCCAUAGCAUGCCAGGGGCUAUCUAGUGUUUCAAAAAUUUAGAACCCCUGGUCUAUGAAUGAUGAUUAAUGUGUGGUACUUAUAUUGUUAAAUUUUCCAAGAAAGAUGUCCUGCAAAGUUAUUCUGUGCUGCUGAAGCUGUUCUUAAUAUUCCAUAUCAUGCAGAGGUUGCACAUAUCGUGGCUAUGCAGAGUAUUUAACUCACAGUUCUGUAGGGAAGUAUGGACGUUCACAAUACACAGUUUUCACAGUACUUUUUUGAUCCUUUAUCAUAAAAUUUAUGCAAAAUCCUGUAUAAAUCAUAUCCUGUAUAUUUUAUCAUAUAAUUUUUUAAAAUGAUUAUAUUUUUGUUUGAAAUUUUUAUUGUUUUUUGAUAGGUUUUUGGUGGGUACCAUCAUGCUUUUAAGGUUGCUGUUACCCAUGGUGUGAAAAUUCAAAUUUUGUUAUUUUGAUUGAAAGAGUUACAUGUUUUCUUUUUAAAAUUCACUUAGGAAUAAAAAUUUUCUUACUAGUAUUAUUAUGAAAAGGUGUAACCUCUGAUAUAUCAUGUUGUGGGAAUAUCUUAGCAUGGGAUAUAAUUCAGGAGUUUCUCAAUGCUUGAUUCGCCACUCUGAAUAUAAUUUCUAUUGAUAGUGUAACUAAAGUAUAUCAGAAAUACUAAUGUCAGUGUUGAGUCUUGUACUAACUGGCUGAAGCAUUAAUCAAUGGAGUAUAAAGUAUAAAAAUGCUGCAUUAUUUUGGAUGCGCACACAUAUAUUUUGAAAUAUAUCUUUUUAUUCACAUGGAUAUGUUUCAUAUAUAUUCAUGCAUGUUUUUCAAAAUGUAUUUUUUCAUUCUGAAGAUCACCAGAUAGCUACAAUUACUCAACAAUAAUUAUUGAAUACCUGCUUUUACCCAGACGUUGUGAUUGAGGCCGGGAAUAUAAAUAUGGGAAAGUUACUAUCUCUGCUUUCAAAGCAUUUGUUACCAAGAGAAUCAGAUGUGCUGUAAGUGCUACAGGAUGACAGAGAUAGAGAGGGAAUGUAAAGAUGUUUGGAAAAGGUUUGAUGAUACAAGAAGCUUUUGAGUUGAACUUUGUGAUAAAUUAAGUUCCCUCAAACUAAGGAGGGAAGAAAGAGGCAUUUCAACUGCACAAGAAAUCAUAAGAAAAGCCAUGAAAGCUUCAAAGUUCAUAAUUUAUUUGGUAAAAGGCACAUAAUCCAGUGUAGAGUUUAGGUACAUUGGGAUGAAUGGCCAGAUAUGAACUGGAAAGAGGAGAUGGCAGUGUGAGAUGUGUCUUGAAUUUCCUCCCUAUGAGCCUGGAUUUAUCCUGUAAACAUUUGGAAGUCAUUGAAAGUUUUCAAGGAAGAAUGUAACAAAAUACUCAUUUUAGAAAGAUGAUUGUGUUGGUAGAGUGGAGGGCAGUUCAUAGCAAAAGUACUGGAGAAAGGGAUACUUUCUAGUAUCUAGAUAAAUUCUGAUCAUGUGAUUCUGAUGCCCUUGAAGACAGAUCAAGAGGCAUAGAGACGGAAGGCUGUAAAAUAUUUGGUAGAUGAUGAGAGGUUGGGGAAGAGAGGAGAGAGAAAAUAGAAAUGGAAUGGAAAAGAAAUUUGUUUCACAGUUUAGUUUUGAACAUUUUAGUAAGAAAGUGGAACUUGGAAUAUAAGAGAUUAGGAUUGGGAAAGGAAAGAAUUGAACAGUUCAUCUAUAUUUAGUAAUAGGUGACUCCAUGCAAAUAUAUGAGAUCUCCAGCG